GCGUAACCAUAGGAUUUAAAAUUAAAUCUCACGCGUAUUUCCUUUAUUAUUUGAAACCGCGUGAAUGCAACUAUAAAUCAAUCGUCCCCUUCCGAUUCGGCAAACAAUAACUCCAAAUAUGAAAACAGAUCAAAUCUCUUCCGCCGAAACGGAAAAUCACUCUUUAUCGCAGUCCAAAAGCGGUUGCGAUCCGAAGAAGCAAUCGAUGCUCCACGGCGGCGGCGGCGCUAUGGACGAGGCGGAGGUCGUGUUCCGGAAAUUCGACAAGAACGGCGACGGCAAAAUCUCGCCCUCCGAGCUCGCCGCGAUCCUGAAUGCUCUCGGCACUAUGACGGUGUCGGAGGAGGAGGUUGACCGCAUAAUGAAGGAGGUUGACCUCGACGGCGACGGAUUCAUCGACAUCAAGGAGUUCGCCGCCGUGUAUUUCCCCAGCGACGGCGGCGGAUCCAACUCCCACGAGAAAGACCUCCGCGAGGCCUUCGAUCUGUACGACAUUGAUAAGAACGGGAAGAUCACCGCCUCGGAGUUGCACAAGACGCUGAAGAGACUCGGAGAAAAGUGCAGCAUCAAAGAUUGCCGCCGUAUGAUCAGCCAGGUCGACGUUGACGGCGACGGCUGCGUGAACUUCGAGGAAUUCAAAAACAUGAUGCGGGAGAAGAUUUAAACCGACUCCUCCGCCGCCGCCGCCCCGUCUAGGGUUUGGAGUCGAUCGGGUUAAUCCACUCAUUAUAAUCUUAUGCUUGAUUAAUUUCGAUCGUUGGUAGAUAUUGAAUUGCAUUAUUAUUGUUGCAAAAUCGUUCAAAUCUUCAAUUGUUCAUUUCGAUUCAAUCUGAGUACUAAUGCGCACUGUGAAGU